GAGCCCCAUGGAGCGAGGGCGUCUGCCGGAGGUGCCCCCCCAUGGUCCCCGCCCUUGGCCUCCGAGAGGGCCCGGCGGUCGCUGCCGCGGACUUCGUGCACAGGCACAGGGGCUUCUUCUCCUGGGAGGGCAAGCGCGUGCUCGAGCUCGGUGCCGGCACAGGCCUCGUGGCCAUCGCCCUGGCCCUGGAGGGCGCGGCCGUGCUCGCCACGGACGGGAACCCGCAGGUAUGCCGGGGCGCCGAGGCGAACGCCGAGCUGAACCUCAAGGGCUCCGCGGCAGCGGCCAGCCGCCUGCGGUUCGAGGUGUUCGACUGGCACUCGGAGGAGGACCUGAGCCGCGUGGCGGCGGCCGGUCCCUGGGACGUCGUCCUGGGCAGCGACCUGGUCUACCCCGGCAACGCGGGCAAGGAGCGGGAGGCUGCUCCUGGUACGGGAGCAGCCGCCCGCCGACGCCGCGCUCCUGCGGCUGCUCGCCGUGGUGGCGGGCGCCCGGGCGGAGGUGCUCCUGGCCCUGAAGGACCGCACGGGCGAGGUGGAGCGCUUCCUCCAGGGCGCCGAGGCCGCCUUGUGGUCCACCUGGCGAGCGCCGGGCUCGGCCGUGCUGCCCGGCUUCGCCCGCGCGGUGGACCUGGCCCCUGGCGUCGGCGGCGCGCUGGCGGUGCUGCGCCUGCGGCGGGCCUCCGCCGCCGCGGAG